CACCCCCAACCCGCUGCCGCUAUGAAUUCCUCAACCGCGCCAUAACUAUGGACGCGCAACUACUUGGUUACCAUAGCAUCCCACUAUUCCUCCGCGAUUCUGCCAAUCCUCACCGCAAGCCAUGAGUGUUAACUUCAUUGCAUUUCCCACACUUCGCGCCACGUAACGUAAACAAGCAUAAUCUCCCCACGGCAAACUCCGUUAACUACACCUCUCCACGCGCCGAACUCUCCGUCCGGCACCUCUCCCUGGCAGCUCCCCCACCAACGGCCCACCCCACGAAAUGUCGGCCCCCAUCGAUCCCUCCUCCAUCUCCACGUGGGAAGACGCAUUCCAGCAUCCGAUCCCGCAGGUGCGGCAGCUGGAGCGACAGCUGCGUGCCGACCUGGCGGGUAAUAAGGAGAAGUUGCGGGGGUUGGUCGGGGAGAGCUAUCGUGAUCUACUACAGACCGCCGAGCGCAUAAUCGAUAUGGACGUGGCCGCGCAGAACGUCGAGGCGCACCUUGGCGACGCUUCGAGGAAUUGUAAUUCCCGACUUCUCGAGCGGAAAGCGAAGAACCUGCGCCUGUUCAACGAUAUUGCGGAUAAGAGAGACCGCGAAAAAUACACCUUCGCAGCACAGCUCGCAGUACUCGAGGCCUGUCCCACGGUGAUCUCCUGGCUCCUCCACAAAGACGAAGGCGCAUCCUGCCUGCUCGCCUCCAAGGUCUUCGUGAUCUCCCGGCUUCUCCUCAAGUCACUAUCCGAGAAGAACUCACUCCCGCUUCUAGCCACCCUCCGCUCGCAGUGCGGCACUCUGCGUCCCAUAUUGUUACAGCAUAUAGAUACGCUCCUCUCCUCGUCUGCUCCGCUCGCCACGCGCGUCCUCGUUUCUACCCUCGCCGCGUUCAGUAUCAUCAAGACCUCAUCACCGUCGGAGGUGCUACGACACUUCCUCUAUAUCCGUUCCACGGCGCUGUCUUCGCUGCAGCGGAGUACGGAGCCGAAUACGAUCCUAAUAUCCAUCGCGCUUUUCAACCGCACCCUACAUGACACGGAGGAAAUCUUCCCGGGCAAGCUCAGCGACGCACUGGUAGCGCUGAAAUCGAAGAGCCUACUCCAAGACGCCGAGGUCACGGCAGUGCCGGAGCUAAGCCUUGACAUCAACGCGCGCUGGCUACCGGAUGAUAUCCGCAGUUUCACGCCGUGGGUGCGCCACGACGACUUGGAGAAGGUGCGGGUAAAGGAGUUGGUCCAGGCGUGGGCCGAGAAGGAGAUUGUCAAGUUGAAUGAGAAUUUGCAGAAGACGCUGGAGGCGAUGAACGAUGUCGCGGACAUUGUGAAGUUGCGUAGUGGGGCUUUGGCACUGUGGAGAGCCGGCGCGCAGAUCAGAAGGAAACUGCUCAGCGGCGGAUGCGGGGAGAAUUUCAGGACCAUUCUCAUGAACAGAGUGGUGGAGGUGAUGAAGAGCGUCGCCGAGGAACUCAGACAUGUUGCAGAGAAGAUACAUGCGCUGCUUCCGAAGGCGGAGUACGAAUCGGACGAUUCUACCAGCCUCUGGCCCGAAACCCCCCUCAGCAUCGACCUAACCAAUGGUGCCCUCUCCUUCCGUACCAGCAUCUCCAACCGGGUGCACGGCCGUAGUCCGGUGGUUCUCUCUUUCCUAAGCGUUUACACCUCCUGGCUCUCUCGGAUCUCCGCCAUCGCGACCAUCGCGCGCGACCUCCGCAGCUCCUCAUACCCCAGCACAGAAGAAGACGAAGACUUUGAAUCGGAAGAAGAGCGCUCCCAAGCCGGAAUCGAAGAUUCCUUCCUUUCCGAAAAGGAACUCACCAGUGCCCUAGACGGAGUCUACCGGCUCCUCGAGCGGUCCCUCAAAUCCACAUUUGAACUCACGCCCAUUCCCAUCACCAGACGACAAACCGUCUUCCUCCUGCGCGCAAUCCGGCAGAUCCGGCAGCUACCGCCCAAGCGGCAAGGCGAGGACGCCAACGCCAACGCGAUCAUCUCGCUCUCGUGGUUCGGCGCAGAGCUGAUCCCGCGACUCCACGGCUCCAUCGCCGAAGCGGUGACGACGCCUCCGAUCCGAGCCGUGACCACGCUCCUGCAGCGCCGAAAAUGGGAGGCGCCCGUGAUCUCGCGGCCGCUGUGGGAAGCGUACGAGCACCAGCCGGACAUGGAGCCGCUGCCGGUCCAGCCCAGCCCGCUCGUGUUUAGAUUCCUGAACGAGAUCGUCAAGGAAAUGCGCUUGGCCGGCGAGGACGUCUGGACCCCUGCCGCCGUAAAGACCGUCAAGGCUAGGGCGUGCAACCAUAUGUGGGGCGCUAUGGAGGAGGUCCUGAGGGAUCGCGAAUGGAAAAAUUCCACCGACGAUACUCCGCCUCCGCCUCCUCCUCCGUCUCCCCCGUCACUGCCGCCAGUGGCACCAUCCUCGCCGCCGCCGCCACCAGCCGACGACGGCGAGGAGGAGGAAGUUGCACCCCCGGCGGCGGAACCAACCCCCGCGCCUACGCCAAAACCGUACGUAACCCGCGAUUGGGCUCUGCAGCUCCUCUUCGAUACCCUCUACCUGGACGAAGCACUGCACCGCAAGCGACGGCGCGGAAGCACCAACGGGAGUUCUGUGACGAGUCUUGUAGGGAAGAUCGAUUCAGUUAUGGGGGGCAAAGUCGAGCUGGACGAGGAGCUGAGGAUACGGCUUGAGGGCGCGGCGAGUGAGUAUUGGAAGAGGACGUGUUUAUUGUUUGCACUGUUGAGUUGAGCCGAGUUGAGUUGAGUUGAUGUAAUACUUGGCGAUGAAUAGAGUACUAGUAGGUAGAAGGAGAA